GGGUAAUGAAACCGAGUGCUCGAGGACUGGCGCUCUGGAUGAGGUGGGCGUUCUGUAGCGGGACGAGAGGGGUCUCCUGAGUUAUUUCGGCUCGAGCGCAGUGAGAUGUGUAGCGCAACACAGUGAUACCUGCUAAUAUCAUUGGAUACAAAUUUGGAAAACAAGUGCUUUAGUUUGGAAUAAAACGUCUUUGUGGUUAUCCAAGUGAUCGGACAAAGGCAAGCGUAACAAGUUUCCCAAACUUUAGAUAGAGAGGAGUGUAAACCUGUUUUCUACCUCUACAUUAGGAACCCGAGAGCUGCUGCAUAAAGAGUGGAUUCUGUUUUUGUUGGAUUUUAAUCUGGACUUCAAAUUAAACACAUUAUUUUCCUAAAAUUUCUUCAAAUAUUUUUGCUUCCAACUGUUUUUAUUGAGUAGAGAGCCUGUGACCGAGGCACGGGUGACUUCACCUGUCAUGCGGAAUACAAACUGUAGGAAUAUGAAAUCGUUUCCGGAUUAAGCCUGCGGUUACAGUUGUUACAUUUAUUGGCGCGUGACCUAACUGCAAGUAAAGAGGAAAUUCAAUUUUCAACUCAUGUAAUUGUAAAGCUCGGUGAAUGAUUUACAAUUCGACCUCUUUAGACCCUCGACUUGGUGCUUUAGUCCAUCUUUCGAAAUCCUCACACAUGUUUAAUUGAUUCGUUGGAUUAAACAACAGUGAACGUUUAUUUAGAUUUUUCCCGGACCUUUACUGCAUUUAUAAUCACCAUGGUUCAUUCGAAAGGUGCUCAUGCUGUUGGAACAUAAACUUGUGGUCUGGAAUGAAACUUGUCGGUGAUUUAUAGAACAGAGGACUCUGGGCAUGCUGCUGGAGCAAUUACUCUCUCCUGGGAUUUCAUAUUUCCGAGAUGCAGUCAUAAAUUAAAGGAAGGACUGAGCUGAGAAAAUACUCAAGUUCACAGCACACAGUGCAAUUUUUCUACCUAUAUUUCUUUCUGGAAAUAUCCCACUUUCCAAUGGCGACCACAGUAAAACCCCCGCUAUGCGGUGUCGUCCGUUGGCUGCUCGUGCUGCUCCUCUCCCAGCUGCCCCGGCUCGCACAAACUGCCUCCAAGGAUAUAGUGUGUGAGCCCAUCACGGUGCCCAUGUGUAAGGGCAUCGGAUACAACCUCACCUACAUGCCCAACCAGUUCAACCACGACACCCAGGAGGAGGUGGGCUUGGAGGUCCAUCAGUUCUGGCCCCUGGUCCGCAUCCACUGCUCCCCAGACCUGCUCUUCUUCCUGUGUUCCAUGUACACCCCUAUCUGUCUGCAGGACUACAAGAAGCCCCUGCCCCCCUGCCGCUCUGUAUGUGAGCGGGCCAAGCGAGGCUGCUCCCCCCUCAUGAUCCAGUAUGGUUUUGAGUGGCCAGAGAGGAUGAGCUGUGAGCAGCUGCCUCAGCUGGGAGACGAGACUCUGUGUAUGGACCAGAAUAGUAGCGAGACCACCACCCUUUCCCCUCCCUUGCCCAAACCCACCCCCAAAGGCACCCGCCGAAGGCAGCCCGCCCCCAAGCCCCCCGCCCCCCAGGAGUGUGACCGCGACUGCCGUUGUCGGGACCCUCUGGUGCCUAUCAAGAAAGACGCUCACCCCUUAUACAACCGGGUCCACACUGGCCCUGUGGAUAACUGUGCCCAGCCCUGCCACCACCCUUACUUCUCCCAGGACGAACGCACCUUCACCACCUUCUGGAUCGGCCUGUGGUCCAUCCUGUGCUUCGUCUCCACCCUGACCACUGUUGCCACCUUCCUCAUCGACAUGGAGCGCUUUCAGUACCCUGAGAGACCCAUCAUCUUCCUGGCUGCCUGCUACCUUUUUGUCUCCCUGGGCUACAUUAUACGACUAGUGGCAGGUCACGAGAGGGUGGCGUGCGCUGGGAGCGGAGACCAGCAGCACAUCCUGUAUGACACCACUGGCCCACCUCUGUGUACCCUGGUCUUCCUGCUCAUCUACUUCUUCAGCAUGGCCAGCUCCAUCUGGUGGGUGGUGCUCUCCCUCACCUGGUUCCUGGCCGCGGGCAUGAAGUGGGGCAACGAGGCGAUUGCUGGUUACUCCCAGUACUUCCACCUGGCUGCCUGGCUGAUCCCCAGCGUCAAGUCCAUCGUGGUCCUCGCUCUGAGCUCUGUGGACGGAGACCCAGUGGUGGGGAUCUGCUACGUGGGGAACCAGAGUCUGGAGAGUCUGCGGGGGUUUGUGUUAGCUCCCCUGGUGGUCUACCUCUUCACCGGCUCCCUGUUCCUCCUAGCGGGCUUUGUGUCUCUGUUCCGCAUCCGCAGCAUCAUCAAACAGGGAGGGACCAAGACCGACAAACUGGAGAAGCUGAUGAUCAGGAUUGGAUUGUUCACGGUGCUUUACACAGUUCCUGCUACUAUAGUAGUAGCCUGCCUGGUGUACGAGCAGCACUACAGGCCUGGGUGGGACCGGGCUCUAUCCUGCUCGUGUCAGGCUGAGAGACAGAGGCUGGGCCUGGGGCCCGACUACGCCGUCUUCAUGUUGAAAUACUUCAUGUGUCUGGUGGUGGGGAUUACGUCUGGCGUGUGGAUCUGGUCCGGAAAGACCCUGGAGUCAUGGAGGAGGUUCACCGCUCGCUGCUGCCUCUGCUGGGCCUCCAAGCCCACCGCACCCCCCUCAUUGUACAGCGAGGCCAGUACGGCCCUCACAGGACACCCCAGUGCGGCCCUGCCACCAGGGUCCUACCACAAACCUGCCCUGCCCUCACAUGUGUGAACGGGACCCUAGAGGGUAGAGAGGCCACGAAUGCACGUGUCCAGUGAUAGCCCCCCUGUCAUAUGUGUGACUGGGAACGUGCCUCACCUGGAAAUUGGACAAGAUGGUGACUGUGAUAAAAACACCAUAUACAGCUCUCUGGAAGGAAAAGGGACAGAGGACAAGGAGAUAACCAAGUAAUUCCACAGGUUCUAAAUAGAACAUUUAUCGACCAACCAGCCUCACUAGCUCUUCUUGGAACAUGAAGAACAGACACAAAUGUGUUUUAACAGGAAAGAAAUGGGACGUUUGUAUCAUAUGAACUCUGUGGUACUUCCGAUGCGCCGUGCUGCUUUGGUAAAGUACCACUACUUCAAAAGAGCCACUAGAACAUUCUCUGAGAGGGGGAAAAUGGAGAUGUGUUUUUAUGUGUAUAAACCAGUACUCCUGUCAAUCUAUCUGGACCAUUAGAGAUGACUCAUUAUUUAUUCCUGUAUUCAUUACCAGUCAUACAUUUGGACACACCUACUCAUUCAUGGGUUUAAAAAAAAAAUAUGACUAUUUUCUACAUUAUAAAAUAAUAGUGAUGACAUCAAAACUAUGAAAUAACACAUAU